GACUGUAAGGCAGAUAUCUGGAACUUUGGUGUACUGUUGUGGAAUAUUCUUGGGAGGCAGGAGUUGUUCCGGCAAGUGCAAACUGCUGACCGCCGAUACGACGCGAAGUCGCACCUUGCGGAGAUGAUUGCCCUACUCGGUCUGCCCCCCAAGGCAUUACUUGCAAAGUCAAAGGCCAUGUCAGAGCACAGCUGGCUUGAGCCUAUCCCGAACAACACUGGCGAGCUUUGCAAUAAUGCUCAAGAGUCUUUUGGUGGUCCUUUCUUCGACACAGAAGGUGAAUUUCAAUAUAAGGAGUUGACCCCGUCCCGAACCCUGGAGGAUACAACUCCGUUCCUCGGAGAGCAGGAUCGAGAGGCGUUUUUAUCCUUCGUCCGACAAAUGCUCACCUGGAAUCCAGAGGAAAGGGGACAGCUCGCGAACUAAUUGAACAUCCAUUUUUAAAGCUUGGACGUUGAUCAAAGUCCAAACAUCAAGAAACGAAGCAAACACCAAUGGAGCUGUGAACAAGUAAGCAAGCGAGGGACGGAGGGACGGAAAGAGGCCGUCUACAGUGGGCUGGCCACUCCUGCCAAAUCAGCACCCCCGCACCUUCGCAGGAUCCAUCUCACCACCGC